AUGCCCCUGAGUGGUUUGAAGAGCGGCAAGACCAAACAACUUCCCAGCAAGGACGCCAAACACACUCAGUGCAACUCUACCCAAUCAACCAGCACAAUCUUGAUAUGUUCAACAGAUGUAAUGAUGGCUUGUCAAAUGGUGGUAGCCACAACUGACACAGAAAUCACCAAGAUAACAAUGAUGCUCAAAAUGAUGAACAUAGCAACAAUACCAUGGUUAACAAGGGAAUCAAUACAAGAGUUGGAAGAAACUUGUGGGCAAGAGGUUGGAGACAAUGAGAUGUCAUAUGAGGAGGAAGUAGGAGAAAGAUAUGAAGAAGAAGAAGAAGAAGCUAAAUUGGAAAGAAACAAGGAAAGAAACAAGGAAGAAGAAGCAGAAGAAGAGGAGGAAGAAGAAGCUGAAGAGGAAGAAGAUGAAGAGAACAAGUGA